AUGUACUGCAGACUCAAAAAGACCAAGUGCCAUUACGCCCCGGACGGAUGUCAGAAAUGCAGGAGGCUAGGUCUGGCGUGUGUCGUCCCCCUUGAAGAUCAACGGAAGCAUCCGGCUUCCAAAUCUGAGAUCAAGGAACUACGUGAACGCGUUGCAGAACUGGAAGCAGCUCUGGAAGCAGCCCGCUCUCAACAAAAGACCGCUCCCAAACCACCGCAUAGAGAGCUAGGGGUCACUGAAACUCUGUCGCAGAGCAAUAAUUUGAUUUCUCGAUUGACUCAGCGGGACUGGCAAUUGAACAGCAACGCCGAGGGACAGUUUAAAUUCUUCGGGCCCACGUCAAGUGUUCACUUGACUGAGAGCAUCUCAAUAUCUCUACUAGACUCUUGUGGAGCCGCUGGAAUCAACGAGGACGACUUGGCCAUUAAUGACCUCGACCCAGACACGCAAAUUCACCUGCUGGAUGUAUACUGGAAGUACCAGCACACCGUCCUCCAGGUGUUUCAAAAAGACACAUUUCUCAAAGGCCUACAACAACGACAGCCGAAAUAUGUCAGUAAGGCACUCAUCUACAGUGUUUUCGCAUGCGCAGCGCGGAUAUCACCCCGCGCAGAUCUCAAAGCGUUGGCGCUUCCAAGAACCGAGGACGAUUUUGGUGAUGAUCUGCCGUAUCUUCUGGCCAAAGCCACACAGUACACGGAGGAAGAACUGAAACGACCCCGAAUCACGACGAUCCAGUCUCUCCUACUUCUCUCGGUCUUGAACAGCGCGCUUGGGAACGACACCAAAGGCUGGCUCCUUACCGGAGAUGCCUGUAGGCUGGCUGUGGACUUGGGUAUCCACAAGAACGACGCGAUGAAACUACCGCCUGGCAACCUGUCUCUAGAAGAUGUCCAGUCACGACAGCUGGUAUACUGGGCUUGUGUCGUGUUCGAUCGGUUCUGGGGCCUCUAUCUCGGACGCCCGUUCUGCCUGAACGCCACCGACAUUCCCGCCCAAGAAGCAAAGUGGAUGGCAGUGAACAGUUCCUGGGAAGCCAAAAUGGCGUACGCUUGGGUGUCACUGCUCGUCAUUAUAGGCGAUAUUUGCGACGUCCUCAACGCCGACGUUCGCGCCUAUGAACAGCUCGACGACUUUGACAGGAAGCUUCAAUCAUGGAGGAGUAAUCUGGAUCCCUCGCUUCAGUAUCGUAAAGGCUGCCCAGCGUCGGUCUCCAGCCUCAAUCUGCAGUAUUCGGCGGCCAUGACUCUGCUGCACCAACCGACAGCGAGAUUUGGCAGUCGUCCCGAAGAGCCCUCGAUGCGGAAUGCCUAUUCGCGACGACAAUGUAUCACUUUCGCCACGGCGAUGGCUUCUUGUCUCCAGAACUUUCAGCAGCAACAUGGCGACGUGACUGCGCUGUCCGGUGUUGCCCUCCACUCCAUCUCCCUGGCUGCAACGACACUUGUGGCAAGCAUCGCCGAGAAGAAAUCCGUCGAUGUAUCGUCACAGAUGCAUUCCCUUAAGGCCUGUGUACGCGCUCUCGGGGAAUUGGAGACCACAUACCUAGUCGCAAGGAGAGUGCGGAAGAUCAUCCAGUUGAUCAUCAGAGUCUGCCACUUAGAGACCGACUACGUGGAGAGCCAGCAACGCCCGGUGCCAGUCCCUGCCAUCUCUACAAGUCCGGCCAGGCUGGUGGACAGCUCGGUCAUCGAUGAGGUGGUGGUAGAAGAUCUUCUAUCAUUGGAAACGCAGUUUGGGGACGGUCCUGUCAUGUCUGAAUAUAGCCCUUUUGCUUUCGAUGCCCACUUGCCAAUGUCCGCGCAGUUUGAUAUUUUCCAUACCUUUGACGCCGAGGCAGUGGUAGGGCCAGACACCUUUUCACGAACAAAUUAA